AUGAAGCCUGGCCAACACUCACCAAGCGAAGAAGAAAAACAUCCCAAUAGUAAAGAAGUCCGAGACAUGGUGAAUGCAAUAACCGGUCGCAUGAAUGAUCUUUUUAAGACUGGUUCAAGUCUCCAGAAUGAAGAUGAUGAAGAUAAUGGUGUCAGAAUCAUCACUCUGGCUGGAACCAACACCGGUGCCAGUAUGCGAAGCGAAUUGGAUGAUAAGAAAAACGUUGAUCAUCAGGUUUUGUUUUCACAGGGUGAGGCAGAGCCAAUGAAUACUUAUGUCAACAGCAACUUUCAGUCAGUGAAUAACUCAAUCAUGUUCAAUAGCCACUACAACACCAAUGAUCCUGGUGUUCACAUGGACAUCACUGAUGUUUUUGAACACCAGGGCCAUCUUAAGCCUGAUAAACUUGCAAAGAAGGGAAAGAAGAAAGACAAGGAAGCUUUCGAAAGUGACCAGCAAGCUGAACAAUCCAAUUGA